AUGCAGGUCGCCUGGAUGAAGUCCGAUUCGAAAGCUAUCCUGGCCAUUCAUACGCACAUGGUCGCUCCAAACCCACGGUUGUCUGUCACUCACAAUGGACAUAACACGUGGAAACUGCACGUGACCAACGUCCAACCGAACGACUCUGGCACGUACAUGUGUCAAGUUAAUACGGAUCCUAUGAGAAGUCAGACUGGUCAUAUGAAGGUACUGAUACCGCCCGAUAUCACGGAUUUGGACGACUCGGCUGACCUUCUAACGCCAAAAGAGAACAGUGAUCUGCGAUUACGAUGUCGGGCAACGGGAACACCGGAACCCGUGAUAACUUGGCGGCGAGAAGACGGACAAAAUAUUACUCUGCGGACGGAGCACGGCGUUCAACGAGGUAACAUGUCCCAGCAUUGUAAUUUCUGGCAGUUUGCAUCGUUGACACCACGCUGAUUUCAACUAUCCUGACUAAUUAAAUCGGCGUGCAUUCAAUCAUCAUUUACGAUCUUUACUUUUAACGACGUAUAGAUGCUAUUGCUUGGAUAUUCGGAUAUUAUUUAUUUAAUAAGGAAGGAAGCUUCGAUCUUUUAACGAAAAAUACAAAAUGGAGAAUGGACGCUUAUUGUCCUUUAAGAAGGAUUAUCCUUGUGUGACUUUCAAUUCCUGAUUCAAGGAAGUCUUUAGCCCGUAUUUCGAACACACGUCGAAAACGACAGGAGAUGCGGAUGAAACGAGGAUGCGAUAAAUCGUUUGUAGAAACGAGAUAUAAUACAACACAGUGUAAUCUGACAAGGAAUCUGCUAUAUAUCGCAGCACAUAGAAAAUUACAUAGUUGUUUUUAAGUACCAGAAGAGAUUCCAAACUUUCGAACGAUAACGUGCUCAUAAUCGUUUGAAAGGGAAUUGAUAUAUAUAUAUAUAUAUAUUAAAUUAUUAUUAAAAAGCAUCUGAUUUGCAUGAAUUAAAAUCCUGUUGCCUGGUGAUUACAAAGAAAGAUGCAUAA